AUGGGUGAAUCUUCUGCUCCAAUUGAUAUGAAGUUGCUCAAACGUCUAGAUCGUUUUGAUGAAUUUAUAAGGAAGAGCCAGGGGUUGCAUAAGCAGGGAGUCCUGGAUUAUGAUGAAUUGUGCCUUUUUCCGAACGUGCAGUUGCCUGAGGGGUUGUUCCCCGAGAGUCUGGAAGGGGAUGCGCUUGACUGGUAUUCUAACCUGAAACUUGAAGACGUGAAAACCUGGAUUGAUUUGUCUAAUGCAUUUGCUGCUGGGAAAAUUGGUACGGUGCCCCCUCCUACCUACCCAUAUGGCAUGCCCGCGUGGUAUAAUCCACAAGCUGUCUAUGCUUAUCAUUCGGGGGCCCCCGGACAUGCCACCUUUGAUUGCAAGGCGCUUAAACAUAAAAUCCAAGAUAUGGUUGAACCCGGGGAGAUUGUAAUCUGGAAAAGGGAGGCGCAAGGGCCGAACGUAAAUAGGAACCCUUUGCCGGACAAUGUUAAUACCAUUGGGGUCAUUAUGGAUGACACGGAGUAUAUGGAACAAGUCAAAGAUUUGGCAAGAGAAGCUGAGGUAGUUGGGGUCACAGACCAACCAUUCAUCAUAGAGUUGCCAUUCGAAGAAGAUAACCAGCCUUUUGUCUUGGAUCUCACGCCAGCAGAGAGUGAAGCUUUGAAGCCGGUAUUCAUCGAAUUCCCGAGGCAAGAGCCUGUUUUGAGCCUGCAACAAGUGCCGUGGAAUUACGAUGAACCUAUUAUACAGAUCGGGGAAAAUUCAGCUACAAAGAAAGAGGUGUCAGUGGUUACCAGAUCGGGGAGGACUGUAAGUCCAUUUGAAACUACUAUUCCGAUUCAAGCAAAGAAUUCCGAGCCGCCCAUUAAGCCAACAAUCACCGAGAAAGAAGCCGUGGAUUUCCUUAAACGACUCCAGAGAAGUGAAUACAACAUAAUCGAAAAGCUAAGCAAGUCACCUGCCCAGAUAACCAUGUUGGAUUUACUUUUCUCUUCAAACGUGCAUAGGGAUGCAUUGAUCGACGUAUUAACUAAGGCUCAAAUUCUGAGGGACAUCUCUGUUGAUAAUUUUUCAAACGUGGUUGGGAGCGUAUUAUUCAACAAACAAAUUGCUUUUUCUGACGAUGAAUUGCCGACAGAGGGCAUUGGACAUAAUAGGGCGUUGUACAUAACGGUGAGGUGCAACGGGAAAAUGCUGCCGAAGGUGCUAAUUAACAACGGGUCCGCGCUUAAUAUCUGUCCUUGGAGUACCUUGGAGAAGCUAGGAUUGCAAGACAUUAAGCUGAGGCGUUCAGGGACUAUCGUUCGAGGGUUUGAUGGAGCUCAAAGGGAGCCGAUAGGAGAGGCAGAUUUAGUAAUCGAGAUGGGGCCCGCCCAAUUUCAAAUAACUUGCCAAGUAAUGCACUUCUCGAGCAUUUACAAUAUUUUACUUGGCAGGCCAUGGAUUCACAAGUCUGGGGCUGUGCCAUCUUCGUUGCAUCAAUUGCUGAAAUUCGUAGUAAAUGACAAGCUAAUCACUAUCUUUGCCGAAGAGGACUGCCUGGUAAUCACCAAUUCUGGAUCUAAAGAGGAGGGAUGUCGAAGUGCCACCAUGUCCCCUCAUAGCACAUCCGAUAUAGUUUCCGUAAGUUGGAUCACAACGGAGGAACAAGCUCUCUCAAAAGCAAGUGUAAUGAUGGCUAAGGAAAUGAUUCGUGGAGGAUACAAAUUAGACAGAGGAUUGGGGCGUGAACUGCAAGGGAUCCUGAAGCCAGUGGAGAUUAUGGAAAAAAGGGAUACAUUCGGUUUGGGUUUCCAACCAACCGCCAAGGACAUCAAAGAGAUGAAGGAGCGCAAAAGAGCAGAGAAAGAGGGCAGGCAAAGGGUUUUUGACAUUCCACCACUGCGGUAUACUUUUCCACGACCAACAGAGGUUAUCACAUCAGAGGUAAAGAUGCUUCCUUUUUCUGUUUCUUUCGCUUACUUGGGAUGUUUGAUGGUGAAGUUAGAAGCUUUCUUUGGUUUUGAUGAUACCAUCGCUGAUUCAUCAGAAACAGAAAUAGGUUCUCGUAUGGCUGUUCAUCGUAAUCAUCCCUGGUUCAUGUAUUAG